AUGCGUGUGGAUGCACUUGCGAGGAGCUGUAGCCCUGCCACCGGAAACUGCGUAGGUGGAGUCGAUCAAAUCGCGAGUGUGGAUAUUACGCAAGGUGCGAGUUUUCCAGCCAUUCCUAUGGCAUCGAGCGCCUCGUCGCAGGUGUACCCUGCUUCGGCGCCUUCAGCGGGCUACUUUACCGCUUCUCAAGCUAUAUUGAACCCAAAUGUUGUAGCCCAUGGCGAUUCUCGCUCUGCCGAAGCGCUGACACAAGGACAAUACCUGUCGUUUCCAGCUUCGAUGUUUACCGAGCUGUGGCUCUGGUACAACAUCCCUGUGCUGUGUGCUCAGCUCCUAGUCCAUCUGCAGAAUGUUCAAAUGACGAUGUUGGUCAUGUUUCAAGUGUGA